AUGACCUUCACAGUUGCACAGCGCCAGCGCGCUAUUGGCCUGUACAAGCGCCUUCUCCGCACAUCUCGCAAGACGUUUGACGGUGAUGCCGUAGCCAUCAGUGCUGCUCGGGACGAGACCCGUCGCCGCUUUCAGCUGGCAGCGCAGGAGACCGAUGCUGCCAAGAUCGACGAGGGCCUCAAGAUGGGCGACGAGAUCGUCUCGGUGCUUCGUCAGAACGUUGUGCAGGGCAAGUGGCGACAGGAACGAGAUGCAUACGAGCUCCGCAUGACCAAGGACACUGAGCUUGGCACCAACGACAGCAUCAAAGAAGCAAGAGCCAAGCAGAUCGCCGACCUUAAAGCGGGAAAGAAGCCAGAACGAAAGAGCUGCCGAGAAGUGGCCGCGCAGUACCAGGCGGCAUCGGGCUCAUCCUCCUCAUCCAUGGCAACCGCCUCCUCUUCUGCAUUCAACUCGAUCCGCGCCUUCUCUACCUCCACCCGCCCUGCCUCGACCAUCAUGGCGCAAGCGACGUGUUUCCAGUCGCCACAGCGCAGCGGCUUCGCAUCCUCCGCCAGCGUCUCAUCUCGUGAUCCCUCGGCGGUUGCACAAUCCCCGCUGCCCCGCCCUGUGCCCAAAUUCUCGUCCACUGCCAUCCUCGCCGACGGCUCGUCGAUCCAGCUCGCCACCACGUCGCCGCGUCGACUGACACGCCUGACGCGAGACCCCACCAACCACCCACUGUGGAACCCGAGUCAGGAACGCAAGAUUGGCGGCGAUGCUGGCGAUGACAGCGGCCGUCUCGGCAGGUUCAGGAGGAGGUUCGAGGGCCUGGACGGUGCUGCCGUGGGAGGUCAGGCCGCCGAGGCAAAGGUGGAUGCUGGCGAGGUCAGCUUUGGUCAGGAAGACCUGGCUUGGAUGAGUGUCGGUGGCCGUGAAGCUCGCGCUGGUUCGCCGAUUGCCGCCAAGAAAGCCGCCAAGGGCAAAGGUCGUAAAUGA